AUGUCGGCCUCAACGCCUGAGGAGCCCCAGUCAAAUCCUCGUUUCUUAUUCCACCAACCACGCGCCCUACAAUGGUUCGAGGAUGGGAAGUUGAUGCGCCGUCAGGAUGGUGAGCGACAAGCCGGGCGAUUCGAGCUAUUCCUCGAUCUGCUCUAUGUCGCGAUCCUGUCGAACUUCGCCGAUACCCUCGCUGAAGACAUCUCAGGUGCCAAACUGGUCAAAUAUAUUCUGAUCCUGGCGCCAUCAUGGAACGUUUGGAGCGAUCUGCGCGAGUUGAUGAACGCCUUCUACACCGACGAUCUCCUACAGCGCAUCCUGAUUCUGUGGGUCAUGGCCGUACUGGUCGUAUACGGCAACAACGCCCCACUCGUCGACGAGGAGAUCGGUGCCAUGCGCUCCGCCGUGGGAUCCUACAUGGUCGCGCGAAUCUCAUGCAACCUCGCCCACGUAUUCUACUCCUUCGCCAGCUACCACCACCGUCCGCAGCAGCGCCUCUGGGUUGUCCUUUCCAGUCUGUCACUAUGCAUUUACAUCCCACUAUACUUCGAGUCAGUCUCGAUCCGCGGCAAGAUCGCGGCUGCUGCUGUCGCUAUCUCGGUUGAGACCAUGGUUUGGAUUCUGUGCUACUCGCCGGCUGGUAAGAAACUCCUUCGCGUCAGGUGGUCGACGGCAGUGGAUAUCGCUCACGAAAUUGAUCGGUUCUCUGCAUUCUACAUCAUUGCGCUGGGCGAGUUUCUCUAUUUGAUUAUUGUUGGCUCCUAUGCUGCAGUUGGACUCAAUAAACGCCUUCUGCGAGCUGUUUGGACAUUGGUUAUUGCGUUCUGUUUGAAUUGGCUUCUGCUAGCUGGCGGACAUGUUGCGGCACAGUCAGUUGCCGAGAAAGAGUUCGAAGCUCCACAGCGCUGGCUCCUUUGUGGCGGUCUGGGUGCAGGCAUGAUCUUUUUGUACGUGUUUGCUCUGCUGCACAAGUCCAAUGAUGAAUCGGGGACUUUGAUCUUGGACAAGCCUUUCCGACUCAUCAUGCGCCCUGCAGUCGGUAUCAUCACGAUCCUUUUGCCCCUGGCUGACCACCUGAAUGCAACUGACGUGUUGUCAAUCAUCAUGGCCUUGUUUGUGUUUACUCUAAUUUGGGAGACUAUCACUUCGCUCAAGAAGGGUGCCUGUUUCUGGGAGACCUGGACAGACACGGACUACCCCGAGGACAAACCCGAAGUUCAUAAUGCCAAGAACGAAGGGACAGUUUGA